AUAGUUUUCAUCGAGCACAGUCAACUCACUUCCGUGCCACCGGCGCUGAUCCGGCUAGAGCCUUACUAUGUCUCGCUGACUGGAAACCCAAUCACCGAGCUUUCGCCAGACAUCUUUGAAAUCCCAAGCAUAGCAUAUCUGAUACUGGGUGAUAUUGACAUUGUGGAGCUGCCCCGCGAUGUUCCGAACCUCUCUCCGAUGCUGUUCUCGAUUUACUUGAGUGACACCAAUGUAUCCUUCUUCUGGUCGUGGAUCGACGCAUUGGUUUUGCGGAAUUCAGAGCUUGGAGAACCAACAUUGUUCUUGGGAGGAUCGACGUACUGCACCGAGCUGGCAAUGCUAAUGGAUGGAGAGGCGUCGUCUUUUGGCGUGAAAGAAUCGGAGGGAUAUUCCGAAAUACUCGUGGAUCCGUCGGAUGCAACUCGCGACGUGAUACUAAAUACUGUUAGCUGCGAUGAAGCGUACACAGCAACGUUUUACCCGAUUGAUGUCGAAGAUGCGAACAGCGCUAUCGUGAAUUCAGCUUAG